AUGACUCGGUGGGCUUCGAUGAUAGUUGUGUCGGCUUCAAGUGUUGAUGUCAACUGCACAUUGACCGGUGUCGCCGCGAGGCAUCGUCCCCAGCAGCAGCUCCAUACGGACGUGCUGCAGCGUGUGGACACGAACGAAGUUGGGCAGUUUGACUUCUCUGGCGUGCCGGGUGAGUCGAAGCCCGCGUGGACCACUUCGCUGUCCCAGAACGUGGCUGCUCCGAGCUGGCUGCAAAACCCGCAGGCUUGCUCCGUGGUCGUCCCCGCCUACUCGAGCAAGCAGCGCCUCCGUGAUUUCUCCUACGAGCCGCCGCGCAGCCGCGCCCCUCUCAGGUACUACUACCCAGUCCGGAGCCGGUCCAGCACCCCACGGAGGGAGUACUCGUCGCCGACGCCUCGCUACAUGAAUGCGUUGAAAUCGACGUAUGGCACAAUGCCCUCUGCGCAGCCCUCUGUGCAGCCCUCUGUGCCGCCCUCUGUGCAGCCUUCUUUGCAGCCUGCUGCGGCGGCUGCAGCUGCGCAGCCCACUACACAGGUGUGGCAGACGGCAGCACCAGCUCCGUUCACGAAAAGCCUAGGCCCGGGCAGCUUCCAUGGCGGGAGCCAGCAGACUCUUGCGCAGUACAUCAAGCAGGUUCCGACGCCCGGUCGAUUUCGGAAUGCAGUGCCAUCUGCCAUGCCCACCACCUUGGCGCCCAGUGGUUCCAGCUACCUGACCAGUGGCAAGGAGUCAGUGCCGACCUCUUUGUGUAGCACCGUGAACCGCACCAAUCAGGCGUCCCGUGCCCAGCCGCAAGCGGUGCCGACCAUACCUGGCCAGAGCGCACACUCGCUGCUCGGCCCUGCAGGGCGUCAGCCUCCGGACCUGGUUCAGACGAUCCAGCUGACGCAGGCAGACCUCCAGGAGCGGAUGAGCAAGCAGCAGCAGCAGCAGGUGGAGCAGAAGGAGCAGGAGUUGCAGCUGACCAAAGUGAGUCUGGAAGAGAAGGAUCGGGAGCUGGCCAAGCGCGACAAGGAGAUACUGGAGAAAGAGGGCGAGCUGUGCGAUCUGCGGCGCGCCGACCGCCACGACUGCCUGCCCUCAAAUCCCGAAACGAAGAAGGAGCUGCUGAUGCGACCCAGCUCAGCGAACUGCACGGCUCACGACAUCCGGGCAUGUCAGCGGGUGAAGAAUGAGCAAGAGCUUAACGAGCGGCGGAAGAAACUGCGCGGGAAGCGUCAACUUGAAGAUGCCACCUGGCCCGAGAAACGAAAGGGGAGUGAGGAAGAUGUGCGUGCGAAAGAGGUGGCCUUUUGGCAAGCGGGUGCUGACGUGUUUCAGCUUACGUUCAAGACGGUCCGGGCUGACACCUUGUUUUUCCCGAAUUCCAUGAUAGCGGAGGGCCGCAACUAUCUCUUUGCAGCUGCCUCCUACGUGGAGCUGCAGAUGGGCUACCGGUACACGUACUACUGCUUCUUCGACGCAGACACCGCGCUCGAGGACUGGCAUGCGGGAUGGCGCAAGUUCGAGAGCUUCCUGCGUGAGUGGGAGCCGGCCGUGGGCUUGCCGACUCUGGAUGCGUACAGCAACAUCCUGAAUUCCUAUCGCAAGGACGACCGGGCCAUGGUGAGAACUGUUCUAAACUUUGACCAUACUGUGGAAGCCGUGCACUCGGAUGCUGCAAAGUGGCUGCUGCCAUAUGUUCUUGACCACGACGAGGGCUGCCAGUGGGUUUCUCAAUGGCGAUUUGCCUCCCUAGCAAACGCUUUGUUCCCGGAGCACGUCUUGUUGACGCACCACGUUGAGAUCGAGAACACGGCGCACGGCAACUACAACAAGGACUACUGCCUGGAGCUCAUGAUGAAGGCCACCCUGGAGCUGCGCGAGCGACUGCCAGAGGCCGCCAGCUGCUUCGUGGAGCCCCGGAACGAGGCCGUGAUGCUGAACGGGGCGCUGCGGCUCUCCGCCUACCUCCCCUGGGGGAGGGCCCUCAGGCGCGGCGAGGCCGAGCCGGAGAGGCGCUUCUACGGGGGCGAGGCGAUCAUGCGGGAGCUGCGCAGCUGCGAGGGCCAGCCUGCUGUGCAGGCCAUGAGCCAGCAGGCCUCCUACUCCUGGUGCCGGGGCUGCCCCAUGAGCCUGACCUUCGGAAUCUUGCAGAGCAUUGUGGUACAGCGGCCCUACGAGUUCGUUGGCUGGCUGCGCCUGGCUGACUUCCUCGCUUGGACCGUGGUCAAGCGCGACGACCUACUGGUCUCGGAGAUCUGCCUCAGCGUCGCGGUGCGGGUGGUGCGUUGCCUCUCGGGGAUCGACGGCACUCGCGUCUCAUGGGAGGAGCUCAGGCAGUUCCACGCUGCCCAUGUGGCGUUCGGAAUCCACAUGGAGCCCAACGAAGAAACCAUUCAGGAGAUUGAGCGCCUCACCUUGAUCCCCUCCCGCCGAGAUCUUGUGAUCAUCGCUGUGCGCCUCGCAGUGACGCCGCAAGGCGAUGAGAUCGAGCCGGUUUCACUGAUGGCGAAGGACCAAGCAGAGACUUUUGUGGACUGGCUCCUUCAUUGUCCUGCAGCUGGCGGUACUUAA